AUGUGUGAUCCUUACAAACCUUCUCAGACUGAAGGCGUCAGAGCUCUUACCGAGGUAGUUCAGCAGUACGUUGCACGCUGCCCUAGAACAAAAAUGAUAAUACUCGGCUUUUCUCAGGGAGCUCAUAUAAUUGCUGAUGUGAUGUGCGGUGCAAGUUCAGUUGGGUUUCCAGCUACAAACCCACAGCCUCUUAACAUCACUAACAAGAUUGCCGCCAUUGUCUUGAUGGGCGAUCCAAGCACUACGAAGGGACAGGCUUUCCACGUUGGGAGUAGCAAGGGCGAUGGUAUAUUUCCUCAUCAGAAACCGAAUAGGUGCCAUUAUGUCUCUGGCAAGGCCGUGUCGUUCUGUGAUGUAGGAGACCCCUUCUGCGAGGCUGGAGGGCAUGACCUGAGCACCCAUAUGAGAUAUGUGUCAGCAGCAUAUGGACAAAUGGCUACUGAUUUUGCUGUUUCCAUGUUCCAUCUUGCCUAG